UCGGUACAGGUAGUUAUAGGCUACCAAGUCGCUCACACAAACACAUACAAAGUGGGGCUCCUCUUACUACAACAAGGUGUAAAUGAUGGCCUUGUAUAAACAACUGAGUGCUCACAACAGAUCAUCAAGAAUGUGGGCAUAGUAUUAUUGCACGUUGUGUGAUACACAGGAGAGCCAUGUUAUUUCUACUGUUUGUGCUGCUGCUCGUCCUAAUGACCAACACCUUCCUCCUCAAUCUUCUACCUUCGCCUUUCACUCUUCUUGUCAUUUGGUGGCAUGACCCUCUCUGCGGUGGCGUCCCACAGUCAGCCCACAACGCACUGGACUUCAGGUCCGCUGACUCUCAGCCUCAGUUCUUAAUCGAGGAGCCAGACUUCUGCCGAAAGCGUCCUAACCUGUCCAUUGUGGCGUACGUCCACUCCUCCAUUAGUUCCGUGAUGAAGAGAAUGGAAACCCGAACUACGUGGGCGUCUGCGGGUGUUCAUGACGAGGGUGUGAAGAUGGGCGUUGUGUUUAUGGUGGGUCAAGUGAAAAACAGUUUAGAAAGCAAAAUAAUCAGAGACGAGAGCAGACGAUUCGGCGACAUCGUACAGGGAAACUACACGGACACAUACCACCUGCUGAGCCACAAGGCGUUAGCGUCGCUACAGUGGGUGUUGAAACACUGUCCACACGUCCCCUGGACUCUCCACGCCACCACAGACAGUUUCAUCUGUUACAACUGGAAAAACGCAAUAGUCAGACGGGAUGGUCGAUGGUGCGUGCGGCCUGAGGAAUUUCCCGAUCUCAACUACCCUUCCUACUGUGCUGGAGGGGCGUGGGUUAUUGCUACACAUCUUGGGUCAUGUCUUCUCCACGCUGCAAAGACCGCCCGGUUCCUCUGGGUUGACGAUGUUUAUAUUACCGGUGUCUUAGCCCAACCCGCCGGUGUCGGACGCUCUAUGAAACAUAACAAAUACUUCAGAUUAGAGGGCAUCGACGAGGAGGAGUUGGGGGACAAAAUAUUUUGGUUUGAACCCAACAAACCUAGAAUGACGUGGUGGUUGAAACUCCUCAGCCAUUACAAGUAUUUCUCUCCUGUGUUUCCUUCGUAACUCAGUUCUGUCAGGAAAAUCCAGGUGAAAUGUCCUUCAUAUCAAUGCAUGCCUUAUCAUAGGAGUUUUUAUCAACGUUAAUUCAAUGCAAUCCUUAAAUCAUAAAAUAGUGCUACCACAAUCACAACAGCACGGUGCACACAACUGACUGGGUCUCCAUCCCACCCUGAACUUUUUAUCAUUAUUAUUACAAUACAAAUAUUAUGAAACUUAUAACUUUAAUUAACAAGGACCCGUCAUUAAUCUUGCACUAUUUGGAAACUUACUGAACUAUCACUCCAACUAUCAUUUCAUGGGGGAGGGGGCAGAGUCUUGACACCCGACUCUUCUGGAUCCCCGGCUACGCGAAGGCCUGGAUACAAAUUUUGUAUCGUGACUGUACAGUACAGGUAAAUAUAAAACCCCUUAAAAAUGCACUCCAUUUGUUAUAGGGAAGCGGCAAAACACAAGAAUAUUCCAGGCCAAGAAACAGAUCUUGGACAUCUCAACUCGUUGAAGAAUCUUUGUUUAAUUCGUCUUCACAUUUUCGUGUUCGCCCGAGACUACCUACUGUAUGUAUGAAACUUGGUCAUUUAUAAAUGGUCGAAGCUCUGGCAGUGUAGAAAAUAUCCCGAGACGUGGUUGUGAUUAUUUAUGGCAUUUGUGUGUAUGUCACUUAAGUUUCGUGUGAUAUUAAAUAUAUAUCAAUAAUACAAGACUGAAAUAAUCACAUAAAACUUUAAAUCAUGACAAUAAAAAAAACUUUGCAAGCGACCUCCCCUUCCCUUUUUCUCCUCCCUCUCCCUCACACUCACUCACGGACUCCUGUCCCCUCUCUACUUCUGCUAGACCCAGAUUCUCAAAGGUUUGUGCUGUACUCAGCGUAUUCACCUACUAGAAAUAUGAGAUUGUACAAUCACAAACAAAAGUUCCCUCCCCCUUCGUGGUGAGUAACAGGAGUAAGUACCGACUCACUUUUACCUGGCUGUCGUCUGAUGCGGGUGUGAUAGGAAACCCA